CAGGCAAACCAUAUUACCAGCCCCAGCCAUGAAACCUCUUCCCAGACUAGUGCAGGCUGGAGAUCUCCCCCUCCUGAGUCCCCUCCCCACCUCCACCAGGACCAGUAGCCCCUUUCCAAAUUCCUCCUUCAAAUGUCAAUAAUCAGAUUGCUUAAAGACGGGAAGGCAGCAGGAGCAGCCAAGCCAGUUCUAAGAAGAGCAAUGAGGAUGCUGUUCCUCCAGAUUUACCGGGUUUCAGGAGAACACAGGAUCCCCCCACCUGCUUGGGGAUUGACCACUUAAAGAUCAUUCCAGUGCCUGGCAUGCGCCAGCGGCUGUGAGAUGGAGGUGCCCCCGGCCAGCUGUACAACCAUCUCAGCUGCAAACCAGCCAGGACAGACCCUGGGCCUCCCAGCUUCCCAUCCCAAGCAGCCGUCACCGCAUCUCACCGGCCCUGUCAUCCUGCAACCUGAACAAAGUCUGCCUCCAACGGUGUAUCUGAAGGCCCUUACCAUCCCCUUGUACCACCCGGUCCAGUCCGGAUGCUUCCAGCCAAGUCACCCGCUGGUAGCCAGUGGGGGCAGCUUCAGCCUGGACAGCGGCAGCCUUCCCUUAAUCUUGAGCCCACUGCUACACUCAGAGAGGACAGAGGCAUCCCAGCCAAGGAAGCCUCAGAGCCAAACGUUGACUGUGAACAUCGUGGGUGCUCUCCCCGUCUUGUCCCCCGCUGCCUCCUGCUCAAACCCAGCCUUGGGAAGCCCGGGGAAGUCUCGCAACGCGGGCAAAUACCUCUGCCAGCACUGUGGGCGGGACUGCCUAAAGCCCAGUGUGCUUGAGAAGCACAUCCGUUCCCACACGGGGGAGAGGCCUUUCCCUUGUACCACUUGUGGCAUUGCCUUCAAGACCCAGAGCAAUCUGUACAAGCACAGGAGAACUCAGACGCACAUCAACAAUACUCGACUAUCAUCAGAGUCUGACGGCAGCAGCCUCCUGGAAGAGGGUGACAGGCUGGGAGAAACCCUCCCACAGUCCUCCAAAACAGAGCAGAGUGGGGAGGAAAAAGAAGAUGGGGGAGAGGAAGAUGGCACUUUGGAAAUCACGAGCUCUCCCAGUACCCAGGAAAUCGGGCACACGGGGCUCUCAGCCCUGAAUUCUUUUUCAUUCAAGAGCCUGGAGAUUUCUCCCAGUCAUGGGCCCACUCUUGGGACCUCAGACAAGGAGACCCCACUAGAACCUACCCCCAGGGCUUCCCCAGGACUCUUGCCAGCUGGUGUGCCCCAGAGAUGGAAGACGCAGGAACAGCGGUCUCCAACAGCCAGUAAGCACAGCCAACUGCAGAGGCAACAAGCGACCUACUCUGAGAAGCACUGGGACUUUAAAGUGUCUGAAGGCAAGCUGAAGAAAUGUGAGAGCACAGACUCGGGCUACCUCUCACGGUCUGACAGUGUGGAGCAGCAGGUUCUGUCCUCCAGUCCCCUGCACAGCCUGUCUGAACACAGCGUGGAGUCCGAGAAUGAGACUCCGCCGGGUCUCCCAAAGGGGAUGGCGUCAGCUGGGGCCAAAGGCCAUCCUGGGGAAAGAGCGACCGCCCUGAUCCUGGAGAAAAAGAAGCUGGAGGAACACAUUUCCAAACUCAUCUCCCACAACAAGGCCGUGGUGGAUGACACCCAGCUGGACAAUGUCAGGCCCAGGAAGACCAUCCUCUCAAAGCAGGGAAGCAUUGAUCUCCCAAUGCCUUACACCUACAAGGACUCCUUCCAUUUUGACAUCAGAUCCCUCAAUACCACCCGGAAGAAGAAUAUUACACUAUGCUCUGUCAAAUCCACCUUCACUCCCCUGGAAAAAUCCAAGCCUCUCUUCUUCCACUCAGUCCCUACUCAGUUUUCCACCACUGUGGAGUGUGUGCCUGUCACAAGGAGCAAUUCCCUGCCAUUUGUUGAAGGCACCAGAACCUUUCAGGACAAAGGGGAGAGCCCUUGGGCGUCUUGCCUCUCAAAGCCUGGCUCCUCCCACCAUCUGCAGGAUGACAGUUCUGUCCCUCGGGCUGUGGAUUUCCCCAGCAGUCACCCUCGGGCCCUGGUCAGACAAGCUGCAGUGGAGGAUCUGCCCCUGAGCCAUCCCACUGAUAAUCAGGCAUCCGUGGAAGAGCAGAGUGGUGGGAAAAAACUGAGUGGGGAGGGGAGCUCUGUGAGAUGCAAGGUGGCAGGAAAGAAAUUCAGUCAAAAAAAACUGAAGAUGUUCUCCCAGGAGAAGUGGCAAAUGUAUGGGGAUGAAACAUUUAAGAAAAUAUAUCAGAAAAUGAAAACCAGUCGAAGUAUCAAGAAGCCAAGGGAAACAAAGCUGUGUGACGUGAGAAACUUGGGCUCUGAUACAAAGGAGACUGAGGAUGGAGACGGCAUGGCAGGGCCCAGAGAUACCAGGGCUUCCACAUGUGGGGCUGUUAUUUCGAAUUCCCAGGUCACGUCUCCAUUGGUGGCAAAAGUUACAGAGUCCGACUCCGUGGGACACCAAGCCCAAGCAAUUUCAUUAUCUGAGAAUUUGAGUGGUUUUGCAGAACCCAAGGAAACAUCUCAGCUGAUAGGAAGCAGUUGCCAUCCUAGAGUGAACAGAGCCGGGUCAUCCCCCACCCUGAGCUGGAGCAUCACCUCCAAUAUGGUUAAUCACAUAGGUAGCCAGGACCCUUUGGCAGCUCCUAAUGGCCGGCAGGCAUUGGUGCCCAAGAUGCCAAAGGAAGCCUGUGCAUCUUGUCCCCAUGCCCUCAAUGCUGAUGAUAGGAAAUCUUUCACUGCCAUUUCACAAGACUCCUCCUCCCUUAUCUUAGAUCAGGAAACUGUUCCUCUCAGUGAUGGGGAAGACCAGGAAAGGUGUCAAUGGGCCAAAAUGUCUCUGAGGUCGCACAAUUGUAGCCCUGGCAAAACUUUGCCAGAGUCAGAACAGCUCCCGUCUGAGAGAAAGAAACUAAAGGUGGAGGAACUGAAUAGUAAAAAGAAUUGGGUGUUACUGGAAUCAGAAGGGGAAGGAAAUAAAAUGUCAGAUUGUUCCUCCCCUGCUACCUCCUCAGAAUCUAGGACAGAUAAAGUUCAGGGGGGAGAGGGUGGCUUAGAUACAGGACCAAGCAAGUGCAGCAGGAGUAUUGAAGAUAUCUCGGAGAAAGAGGGAGAUAGUAGUGAGGGGGGUGGUACAGGAGAGGCCAUGUCAUCUGUCUCAGAUGCAGAGAAUGUGUCAUUAGCAUCAUUUUCUGCUAUACUGGGGCUUGGAUUGACAAACAGAAAAGACUCCAAACAUUCUUCUUUUUGUGACUCUGCAGCUGGAGGAACCAGGAAAGUUUCUGAGCCCCCAGAAGAAAGUCAUUUCUCUUCUUUGAUUACAGCUACAAGUGCCACUUCUAGGCCGGCCAUUCCUCAGAAAGAGAAUAUGUUUUCUCCAAAGUACAUCCUCCAGUUACCCCAAGAAGAUUCUCGAACUGAGUUAUCGGUUACCAUGAGCAAAGAGCAGAAAGAUAUGUCCUUUAGAGGCAGCAAAAAGGUUGACUCUCUGGCUGGGUCUUUAUCUCUUCCCCAGGCAGAAUGUUCAGCAGGUGGGAUGGGUUUGCAGCUUAAUAGUGUAACAUCCACUAUGGCUGUGACAUCUUGUUUGUCUCCCAGACCCUCCCCCUCCAUCAGCACCCUUCCUGAGCUAGCCAGUGGCAGGGAGAGUCCCACACGCACCCAGCCAAGAGAUGAGAGAGCAGGGACUGGAGACCCGGCGGUCACUAAGGCACAAGCAGCCGAGGAGGCCACAGGCAGGGCCGUGUGCUGCUCCCAGCAGGCCCCUGAAAAGGUCCCUUUUGCCUCCAUAUACACAAGUAGCUUUCUCUUAGGGGAUGAGAUUAAAAGGGAGGGUCAGCUCUUCCGCCACCUCCAUUCCGGGAGUACCACUUUAUUGGUGACGACCACAUCUGGAGGAAGAAUCUCUGCUUGGGAUAGUUCUGAACAGCUGCUUCCAGGCUGGGAGCUGGGCGAGCCUUCCUCCCCCGGGCCGCAGCAUCCUCGGGAAGGCUCAGUGAGCUCUCCCAGGUCCCUGGAGAACACCAGCAGGUGCCACUCGUUUGAAAGCUUUUACUGCCAUGCCCUUCCUACCCCGCCCCGAGCCUCCCCCACCUGGCCCCAAGUCAGCCCGACUUCACACUCAGGGUCCCCUCGGAGCUUGGGGGCCAGGGGCUCCUUCCCUUCCCUAAGUGCGGAGCCUCGCCUUACGUGGUGUUGCCUCAGCAGGAGCCUCCCUCUGCCCGCGGAGCAGAAGGAGAAGGCCCACUCGGUGUAUUCUUCCUUGCAUAUCUGUGACAAUAACUCUGGGGAAGAGGGUGCCAGUUCUAGGAGGGACUUUUCCUUUCUCAAUGUGAAAAACACAACCCAGGCAGUCACCUACGGAUUGACAAGUGGGAGCCUGAAAACACUGGUAUCUUCACUGUCUUGGGGGCCGCAGAAACAAAAGCUGUCCCGGGCAAUAGGUGCAGGGAGAGUGUCUGGUGAAAAGGUUUCAGAGUCAAAGAAGAAGAGAGAAGUACCCUGUAGGAGGGGAAAGGCGCCUACAAAUCUUCCUGGUGUGAGCAACAAGCAGAGGAGAAAGAUCCACCCCAAGAGGUAUAAACGAGGUCAUCUACAAGGAUGUGCUCAUCUGAAAGCAAGCCGACUUUGGAAGCAACACUGGCUCCUGAGAAAACAGCAUUUUGCUUCUACACAGGAAGCCCUUGAAGAAGGCAAGACUUGUUCUUUACCAAGCCAAGCAGGUCCAGAUUUACAAGGGAAGUCAUCUGGCACAAUCUCAGAACUGUCACUUUGCUGUGAGGAUGACCUGAAGAGUGAAGAUAACAGCAAAAAUAACUCAGGAAACUUUUCUCACAGUGAUCUGCCUCCAUCUGCUAGUGAGCAUGGUGAUCCCUCUCUUCAGAACACUACCACCACUUCAGAAUUACCUCUGCAAACACAUCGUGGUUUGGCCACAGCCAAGGCUGACUCUUUUGCAUAUGAUAGUGGCCUCCACACUGGAUUACUCUUGGGUUCUUCCCAACACGCAUCGAAACACAUUUCAACAGACUCAGCUUCAAAAAGUUACUUAGAGCCUUUGGGGCUCUCUUAUUUGGAUGCCAGGGGAAUAAUUCAUCAUCCUGAUGCUGUCACAUCUGGGUCUGCCAUUUCUAUUUCUUUAGGGCCCAACCCAAACAACAAAGCCCUGAGAAUUCACAGUAAUGAGUCUCAGGUCCAAGGUUCAGCUACAGCAGAGCCUUUGUCACAAAACAUCCCAAACAGAGAACCUGGGGUAGUAGGUAAGUGUUGUUUGCCUUUAUCAGAGAAACCCUCAUCUGCAUCAAGAGUGCCAUGCUCAGCCUCAACGGGCACGACUGGAAAAACUCGACUGGAAGCACCAGUUUCAGGACUUAGUACAAGUAGUGUACAUCAGGUGGCAAUGAGACCCCAGACAUUUUUUUCUACCAGUAGCUAUUAUAGCUGUGGGGAAAAGCAGGGAACCUGCACAGGUGGAAGGGAUGGUAGAAAAACCCAAGAAACUGGAAUGGUCACAGUUAAAGAGAGUAUCGUUGCUGCUGGUCCUGGAGAGUCCUCAGAUCUCUCUGGAGUAGCUUCUAAAACCCUCAAGAAGAGGAGCCUAGAAGGGAUGAGGAAGCAAACUCGAGUGGAAUACAGUGACACCAGUAGUGAUGAUGAAGACCGCUUAGUUAUAGAAUUGUAGAGACUCUAGAAAACAGACCAGUGAUUUUAUAUAUAUAUAUAAAAAGCAGGGAAUAGAAAUACUGACAGACAUAAACGCCACUGAGCUGUUAGGAAAACCGAAUUUCUCUCAGAGUGUAUCUUAAGAUUCGAAAAAGAAAACCUCUAGUAAGCUAGAGACUUAUUAUUUUCCACUGUAUGGCUCUAGGUGAAAUUAAUGCAGAAAUUUAGUUCUCUAAAGGCAACUUUGCUUCAACAAGGUAGUCAUGAAAUUGUUUCUUAACAGGAUCUGUAAAUAUUCUCUGUAUUUUACCUCCCUUCUACAUUAAGAGUUUCUUUAUAUCCCCUCUUUCCUUUCUCUUUUGAGUUUUCUCAAUCCUUUGCUCCCUAGAAGGGGCAUCUUGACUGUUUACAAGUAUCAAAGUCUAUAAAAUGUUGGGGGACCACUUUCCUCAGCCAGUGAGGGUCAUGUUAAAGAUGAGGAAGAUCAAGUAGACUACCCCUAGGGUUUUUGGAUAAAUGAGUCAUAUCAAAUGGGUAUCAGGGAUUUAGACCUACAAAGGGACCUGAGAGAUCAUAUCUGAACCUCUUCAUUUUAUGAAUGAGAAAACUGGGGCCUAGAAACAUUAAAUGACUCAUCUAGGAUCACAUCUAGGUGGCAGAGUGAGCAUUCAAAUCCAGGUCUUCUGACUCCAAAUCAAGCUCUGUUUCUGUUAAAACACAGUCUCCCAGUUCUGGAUAAUUGAAUUCUGAUUUACACAAAUCCCUGAAGUUUGAUUAUCUACUCUUUAGUGGAAAUUGAAAGAUACUCCAAACAUAUAUGAUAUUUUGAAAUAAUGAUCAUUUAAAAAUGUUGCAUAAAUGACCAAUGCUCAUUUAUAAUCAAAUAAUACAACUAUGCUCUGCUUUUGUGGCUGGCAUCUUUUCUGCUGAGAACUUUAAAAAUCCUUGAUUUUGCAGUAAUUCUUUGAGAGCACUGACAUUUAAAAGGUAAUUGGGGCAGUUUUCGGCAAUGAGCUUGGGGUGGGGGGAAGAAUAGGAUAAUAUUAUAUGAUUCUAAUUCUAUUUUUGUCAUGUUGUGGUCAAUUUCAGUUAGAUUGUCAAUAUCCCAAGCUUAAAUCGGUGCUUUUGUUCAUUCAGGAGAAAAGAAUUUUAGAUUUCCCCCAGAAGCAUGAAGGAUACAAAACUAAAUGGCGUUGGAUGCUGUUUUAAGUUUUAGUCAUUUUAUUUUGAGAAGUUUCCUAUGAAUUUUACUAUAAAGUAAAUCUCUUUAUAUUAUAUAAAUCAGACCAGAAACAGAUUUUUAAAAAAAUUUAACCCUCGUAGCCAUAACAUGACUCAGACAAUAAAAUAACAAGCACAUGCCUGAAUAUAGAUUUACUAUAUUCUUAGUUUAUCUAGUUUAAAUGGGAUAGAAAUGUUUGAAGAGGUUUGCACAGCUGUUAUAAUUUUAUACUUGCCUUUGGUACGAUUUUGUACUCUUUUGAAAUUUAUAUUGUAGGGAUCUUUUGGGUUUAUUUUCUUGUAAUAAUGCUCAUAUGUUAGCUUAUGCAUCAGAGGAAAGAUGAAAAUUAUAAAUAUCUCAUAUAUCUGAUGGUAAUGUUGUAAUGGAUCUUAGCUCUUGUCUAUGUAUAGUCAAAUUCUAGUGAACUUCAUUUGAAUUAUCUACUUCCAGAAUUACUUAUCUCACCUUUCUCUGUUGUUCACAUUAUUAUGUAGUCAGUUACUGUACUAGAGAAGGCAUGCUUAACUUUAGUAUUAACUCAGAAAAAUAUUUGGGAGAUCAUUCAUAUGACCUUGGACAAGUUAUUAAUUGGUCAACUUCUCUGCUCUUCAGUUUCCUCAUCUGUAAAAUUAGGAGGUUGGACUAAACAACCUUUAAGUUCCCUUUCAGCCCUAGAUCUGUGGUCCCAUAAUCUGGAACUAUUUAUACUUGGAUGCUUUAAAACUGCCUCCCUUACUACAUAUUGCCCCUCCCCCAAUGCCUUUCUGUUCUGUAGAAUUUUCCUUCCUAUAAUUUCAUAAAUUUUUUAAUCACUCACCAUCUCAAAACUAAAUAUGAUCUUUGAAUAUCUGGUCAAGUACCAUCUGGUUGUUCAGGAGGGCUUUUUUGUACCCAGUCUCCCCACAGCUGCUAUUGUUAAUCCUUCUAAAGUUAUUUUCCAUUUACUCUGUAUUUAUCUCUUAUGUUCUGAUUUAUAUACAUUGUCUUCCACUUUUAAAAUAUAAGCUUCUUGAGGGCAGGGACCAUUGUGUUUUUUUGUUUGUGUCCUCAGCCUUGGCAUAGUGCCUGGCAUAUAGUAAAUCCUUAACAAAUACUUGUUGAUAGAUCUGCUGUAAUCUUUCCUCCAUCAGCAUGAACAAUUAAAAAUUGACUCUUUUCCAAACAUGAAUUGAAUGGUGUUGAGAAAUGCCAGAAUGUGGACAUCUUUGAUGACUCAUUCAACACAAAAAUCUGAAUUACCCUAGCAAAAAAAAGACUGUCCUGAAAACAUUGCCAUAGGAAGAGAAUUCUUUGUUGUGCCUAUUCUACCUGGGCUUCUGCUGAGACUCAGUUAGAUAGCUGGGUCAGAAAUGCAAAUAUUAUGUCACCAAAUGGUAAUGACUUCAGGACUGAGGUAAAAAAGUAAUUAUUCCAUCAGCUAAUUUUGCUAAUAGUCUCUUGACUCAUUCCUCAAGAAUAAGUAUGAAUAAUGUGUUCCAGUAAUUGAGAAUUCAGGUUACAUUUAAAAAACUUGUUUUCUCUGUUUGGAGAGGGAGGGGAAAGGGCUCUGUAAAAAUUCACACAGGUAUUAAAAACAUUCUUGCAAGUGUACCUCACUGUGUACAAUGUAUUUCUAAAAAGCUAUGUUUAAACUGAUUUUUUUUUGUAAAUCCAGUUAUUUAAAAUAUUGUAUAUGGGGGGUAUAUAGAGAAGGGCUUGUUAUUUAAAUUUUAUGGUGAAUUCCUUUUGUAAAGCAUUCUUUUGUAAAAAUGAAUAGCCACUCUAAUUUUUAAAAUCUGAGCUUUCCUGGUUUUGUAAAUCUUGAUUUUCAUAUAUCCGUUUGCUUAAAGUAGAAUGUACCUGUAUUUGUAUUGCUUGACAUAUUUUAUAUUUUAAUGGCAGGACCUGAGCUACAGCCUCAGCUUUUGGUCAUUAAAAGUUUUUUUUUUUUCAGAUAUAUUUGACUGACAUGGGUGAUUAUGGCCAAAAAUAAAUAUAUAAAUCAUCACCUGUUGGCCAACCUUUUGAUGAAGAGCACUUGGGUUUAGUCAGUCCGAGACUGAACCCCCAUCCAAAACCUUUUCCAUCUUGAAGGGAGUUAUUUGCCAGAGCUUGCACUUUUCUGGCAAAUGCUUCUAGAACUCAGGCUUAUUCCUCACUCCCUAAAAAAGUCAUGGAAGGAUAGAUUCAGUAGAGGAUCUAUAAAUCAAGGAUCCAUCUGUAGAAAUAAUCCUUAGAUAGCAAAGAUAAAGUAGGGGAAAACAGACUGCCCAGAACCUUGAGUAGAAAACUCAAAAUUAUUAAUGACUUUCAUUGUGGCUAUAGGGAAGUAAUUUAGCCCAUCUGGAUCCUGGAUGAAAUGGAGAGCAGCUUUUUAUUUUGUCAUAACUUUUCAGAUUCCUGAAGUAUAUAAUCAGUGAUACUGAAACUAUUGAUGUGAUUGUGCAAGUUAUUUGACCUCCCUCUGCCCAGCCUGCUCCUUGGAAGGAGUCUUGGGCACUAAAUAGACAAGCCUUAUUUGAGAUCUGUUUCCAAAUUCCCAUCAACUACUUAGAAUGAAUCCAUGAUUUAUUACUAAUUUUUUUCACCUUGCACUUUGCAUGAGAUUCUCUUAACGCAGCAGAUGUUUGUAGUGAGAGAAAUUGUGGCAUUAUUAUCUACUUCUGGCAAAAUUGAGUGUGGCAGAACAGGAAAUGGUUAGUUUAAACCUAGGUAUUCCUGCAGCACAUAUGUCACCCGUCUUUAUUACAUACAGUUGUUUUCUGCCAUAGAUUUUAGUGAGAUACUAUAAAGAAUUUUCUGAAAAACUCCAUACUUUGAACACAGACCUAUUUCUCAUCACUGUCAGAACUCAUGAAGCAUGAAGUCAUGUCUUAGAGAUUUCUGCCCAUAUUUCAGCAGUUAUUUGUGAAUUUUGUAAAAUGCAGUUGUUAGGAACAGCAUUGAAUAGUAUGUAUCACAUUGGGUCUGAAGUAACCAACUGGGUUCAAAUUUUACCUGUGUGACAGUCCUUUCACUCUUGUGAGUCUCAGGCAACUUUUUAAGUUCUAUUUACUAUAUUACAGACCAGUUUUGUACUGAUUUAUAAGGCCAGAUAUCUGGCCCUAUUGAGUAUUGGAAAAUUUGAACACAUUUUUGCACCCUUAGGAGUACGAGUAGAUUUGGGGGUAGGGGAAGACGGCCACCUGCAACCUCAAGGAGAACAAGGAGACUUGUUUAAUAUGCAGGUACAGAACUCAACUACAGUCUGUUGAUUGUUCAGAAUCAGGGAAGCCACUGACUUUUUUGCAGAUUGUUGGAAUUUAUUCUUCUUUAUAUUAUUAAAUUAUUUUGUUUUUAUAAAAUAAAGUUGGAGAUUAAAAUGAAA